CAAUUAAUCUACCCAUUUUUAUUAUUUCUUCUUAGGUUUACAAAUUCUCCCCGAAAAAUCAUCCCUUCCAUCGUUGCCGACCUCUCUCAAUUUUCUCCUUUUUUUUUUCAUUCUCCUUUUGUUUUUUUUUCUUGGCUUCAAUUUUGCCUUUUGAGAAACUUUCCUUUUUUUUUUCCUUCAAAAUUUUCCCUUUCUUUCCCAUAAUUUCCUUGUGGUUUUUGCGUCUUCUUUGAUUUACUCGAUCGAAGAAAUUUUCUUUUUGGGCAACGAUUGGUUUCUGCUUUGAGUCGGAAAUUCUAGGGUUUUCAUUUUUUGGCGGUAAACGGUUAUCUAUUGAUUAGAGAUGGUGAGUUCAGAGGGAUUAUGUGGUUCGCAGGCGCCGAUAGCAGCGCCAGUGACGCAGUAUGGUGUGACAAAGCCGAUUUCCAUGGCGGGCCCCACCGCAGCCGACAUACAAAGAAGUCGUGAUUUGGAAAAGUUUUUGGUGCAAGCUGGGCUAUAUGAGAGUAAAGAGGAAGCAUCAAAGAGAGAAGAAGUUCUUGGUCAAAUUCAAGAGAUUGUGACAAAUUGGGUUAAGCAACUUACUCGUUAGGGUUACACUGAUCAGAUGGUUGAGGAUGCAAAGGCAGUCAUUUUUACUUUUGGUUCUUAUCGACUUGGGGUUCAUGGACCUGGAUCUGACAUAGACGCUCUAUGUGUGGGACCAUCUUAUGUGAGCCGAGAGGAAGAUUUCUUCUUUGUACUGCACAACAUCCUGGCAGAAAGGGAAGAAGUUACAGAGUUACAACCAGUUCCGGAUGCUCAUGUCCCUGUAUUGAGAUUCAAGUUUAGUGGAAUACCAAUUGAUCUUCUUUAUGCAAGCAUCUCUCAUUUGGUUGUCCCUCAUGAUCUGGACAUCUCGGACAUUUCAGUACUGUACAAUGUUGAUGAGCCUACUGUUCGAAGUCUUAAUGGCUGCAGGGUUGCAGAUCAAAUUCUGAAACUGGUGCCGAAUGUUGAGCAUUUUCGCACAACACUCCGAUGUCUGAAGUUUUGGGCUAAAAGGCGUGGUGUUUAUUCCAAUGUGACUGGAUUUCUCGGGGGUGUUAACUGGGCGCUUCUUGUAGCUCGAAUUUGCCAACUUUAUCCUAAUGCAGCUCCAAGUAUGCUUGUUUCACGAUUUUUUAGGGUCUUUACCCAGUGGCGUUGGCCAAACCCAGUUAUGCUUUGUGCAAUUGAAGAAGAUAGACUCGGAUUUUCUGUUUGGGAUCCUCGUAAAAACCCUCGUGAUAGGACUCAUCAUAUGCCAAUUAUCACACCUGCCUAUCCAUGCAUGAAUUCUAGCUAUAAUGUGUCUACAAGUACGCUUCGAGUCAUGAUGGAGCAGUUCCAAUAUGGUAACAACGUGUGUGAGAAUAUUGAGCUGAAUAAAGCAAAGUGGAGUGCUCUGUUUGAGCCUUACUUGUUCUUCCAAAGCUACACCAACUAUCUGCAGGUGGACAUUCUUGCAGCUGAUGCUGAUGACUUACGUUCUUGGAAAGGCUGGGUGGAAUCCCGUCUGAGGCAGCUGACUUUGAUGAUUGAGCGAGACACUUAUGGAAAGUUGCAGUGCCAUCCUUAUGCUCAGGAUUAUGUAGAUGCCUCCAAGCCAUGUGCCCAUUGUGCAUUUUUUAUGGGUUUACAAAGGAAACAUGGAGAAAUAGUUCAAGAAGGUCAACAGUUUGAUAUUCGUGGGUCAGUUGAUGAGUUCCGCCAUUCAAUAAGUAUGUACAUGUUUUGGAAGCCUGGGAUGGAAAUCUAUGUAUCCCAUGUCCGUAGAAAGCAGCUUCCGGCUUAUGUUUACCCAGAUGGCUGUAAACGUUCUCGGAAUCUACACCUUACUCCCCAGCAGCCGUCUUACAAAAUAUCUCGCAACAAUGGUGUUGCAUAUCAAGCUGAAUCUGGUGAGAAAUGCCUUAAAAGGAAGAAGGAUCCCGAUGGAGAAAAUAGUGAGCAAAGUAGGCUGGAUAAACGGAGGAGUCCUGAUAGGAAUCAAUCAGUUUCUCCCGAGAUUGUUAGUCGCAAGCUUGGCAGCGCUUGCACAGGUUGUUCUACAUCAGAUCUAGAUGAAAUGAAUAGAUUAGCUGAAGCCAAUACAUCAUCAAAUUCCAGUGGUAUCAGCUCUUGCUCACAUGAGGAUAUUGGGAAUGAAUCUACAGCAGGUAGUAGUGAAGGGAGCAAUGUAGGUGACGAUAACCCAUCGUCUUCUCAGAGUGAUUCCAGUGACGAUCUAAAAUCUUCUGUGGAGGACGAACAUGCUGAUCAGAACAAAGUGUUCCAAGAUGGAUUGCUGAAAGAUUUAGAGCCAAAAACUGUGGUUGGCGUGGUUCUUAAGUCCAUGAACGGAGUUGUUGAUUCAGAAUCUGUGCAGAAUCCUGUGAUAAGGUUUGUAUUCGAAAUCUUAAUAGACUUCUUUUUUUGUGUUCCAUGUGCAAUGUUUUUCUUUAUACUGCUUUCUUUUGGUGUUUCUUUUGUUGUUGCUUUGUAUAACAGGUUGAGUUUGGCAUCAACAGCAUGACGCAAGGAUCUCGAGUUUAGAUCGGUGUAUCAUCUAUGCAACCAUUGUUGAUCCGACAAGAAAAAAAACCCGACAGAGAAAGCCAGCAGUUUGGUAAGUAGUAUUUUAGGUACCGGCGUUUGUUUCUUACUUUUAGGCACACGUCCCUUGGCAGAACCUGAAGAUCUUUUGGGAUAUGGGUACCUUUUUUUCCCUUGUCUGCACAGCUUUUUUCACUUGACAUUUGUUUUCACAAAAAAAAAAAAAAGGAGAAAAAAAGGGAAAAAAAUCAAUGAUUAUUUAAAAGAAAAAAAAAAAGGUUUUGAUCUAGUUUUUUUACUUUCUUUUAUGGAAGAAAAGGUUGCAGGGUUUUAGAGGAAAGGUUGAGAUGUGUAAAUUGUAUAAAAAAAGGUGUAGGUGAGGUUGAAGGGUGAAGGUCUAGUUUUUAGUUUGGGUAGAGAGGUGAUUGUUCUUGCUGCCAUGUAUUGUAAUAAACCUUAUUUUUUUAAUAUAAUAUUAUAACAUUGUUAGAUGGGA